UAUCUCAUCGCUGCACCUUCACACAACUGACUCUCUCGCCGGAGCUUCACAAAGCAACCAUAACAUAUGGACGUUCUCCUUCCCUGCACCUCCCCCCGUUCAGUAAAUUGGAAGUUGGAAUGCUCUCGGAGAUUCCUCUCGCCAAAUCGGAACCGUCGCUUUUCCGACCUCUUGAAAUGCCGCCGAAAAACGACGUCGACUGAGCUCCAGGCAGCUAUCGAUGUCGCCGGCCGGACCGACAACGGUUCUGCUUCAAUUCCGACUCAUAAGGUCACCGUUCACGACAGACAGAGAGGCGUUGUUCAUGAAUUCGUUGUUCCUGAGGAUCAGUACAUAUUGCACACUGCCGAAGCUCAGAGCAUAUCUCUUCCUUUUGCUUGCAGGCACGGUUGUUGCACUAGUUGUGCUGUUCGAAUAAAAUCAGGCGAAAUUAGACAGCCUGAAGCCCUUGGAAUAUCUGCUGAGCUGAAAUCAAAGGGGUAUGCACUUCUUUGCGUAGGUUUUCCAACCUCAGAUGUUGAAGUUGAAACACAAGAUGAGGAUGAGGUAUAUUGGCUUCAAUUUGGAAGAUAUUUCGCUCGGGGGCCAAUUGAGAGAGAUGACUAUGCUCUGGAGUUGGCCAUGGCUGAUGAGUAAACUAUUGAUCCUAGAGGAUCUAUGGACUGAUUCAUGAAUGGUUUACCACGAAUGCUGUAGAGGAGCAUUACUCUGCUCAACUUCAUCUUCUUCCUUCAUUUAUAUGGUUUAUGACUGUUAAUAUCAUAGGAGAAUGAAACAAUUAUCCCUGUUCUUUUUGAUAUUUCCUUUGGCCACUAAGCUUUCUCCCUUUGUUUUCCUCAUUGAUGGGAAGUUUGUGUACUCUUGAACACAAAAAAUGGAGACGGUUUAUUUUGGAGGAAUGCGAAGAUGUUCUGAUAGGGCAUUUCAGUUA